GUAUCUUGGAGCAGCUACUAGCUAUUGUUGUGAGUCACUUUCAGUGGCGUGGGCCUGCUCCGGUUCUCGCUUCUCUUUCUUUUAGUGUACCUGACACCGCUUUCAGUUCCGCAAUUUGUUCACUUCAGUCUCCCGAUCAACCGUCCUUCCAUUCAGAUGCUGCUAGUGACUCAGGCAUGUCGACUCACGCCAAUAUCAACCAGCUUCCUGACGACAUUCUCAUCAGGAUCUUAUGGCAUUCCAAUCGACCCAAUCCCAGCAAAUCCGACAGCGACGCUUUAUGGCACACCGUCAGUCCAACGCCCAAUUACAUACGUGCAGACCUUUCAGUUCGCAAGCUCAUUCCAACGGACGAAAAGACACCAAUUUCGACUCCUCCUGGCUUCGCAGAUGCCGCUUUAAGUCUCUUCAUCGCAUCCGUCUGCCCUCGAUGGCGCCGGCUCGUCCAGCGACACGUCUCCACGCUUCUUGUGAGGGAGAACCGCGUUGUUCCUCUUCAAGCUCUCACCCACGCCGUAUCCUGCUUACCGAACCUCACCCAUCUCCACCUCUGCGACGGCAGCGUGGAGACCCUCGACGACGCCUUCCUCGCUCACCUCGCCUCGUCAUGCCCUAAGCUCACGAUUCUCCACGUGGGAAGCGGAAUCGCGCCAGUAGACAAUGACUAUAACGGGCGAGAGGACGAUCACCCUAUAACGGAAGCUGGCCUGGAUCACUUCUUCCGGCAGUGCACUCAGCUGCAGCAGCUGUCGCUCUUCUGCCUUCACGAAGACAUCAGUCGCCCGGCUUCUUUCUUCCAGCUGGCAGAUCUCCAUACCCUUGCCCUGACCGACGCGUCAGCGCUGGAAGCUCCUGAUCUGCUGAAUCUGUCUUCACUCACAACGCUUACCAUCGCCUCCCAGGAGAUCACUUGCGAGCAGAUCGGGAGGCUCGUUCGCCUCACACGCCUCUCGAACCUCUCAAUCUCCGACCAAACCUGCCUUUAUCCUGACGACGACCAUUCUGCCGCUCUCGCGAUCAGCACCAUCGCACGGUUACCCUGUCUCAAGUCGCUGGAGUUUCUCCUCAUGUUUUGCUCGGAAGCAUCAUGUACCACCCUCGAGCAGCUGCACAUCACCGAUACCCAUCAGCUCGACCGGCUUCCAGACGACAUUGGCGCGCUUCUGCCGUGCCUCCGCGAGCUGACGCUGUCAUCAUGCGAACCUCUGGCUCGGCUGCCCAGAAAUUUUUCCUCCCUAAGCUGCCUGGAGAGCCUGACAAUCUCCAAGUGCGACCAUUUUUCCAGACUGCCCGAAAAAAUUGGUAGCUUGCCUGCCCUAAAGAGACUUGUACUGGAAAAGCUGCCUCUCUCGGACCUCCCAGACUCCCUCUGCGAAUUAUCUUCCCUGGAGUCACUGUUUCUGAUUGGCUGCCCGGAGAUUCACCAUCUGCCAGCAGGCUUCAGCCGCCUCACUGGCCUUAGGACCCUGAGCCUGAUGCACCUGCCAGUAUUGACUCUUCCAGAGGGCAUUGGAGGGCUCAAGAGUCUCCAUACUUUCCUUCUGAAAGAAAAUUACGGGCAGCUGCUCCCGGCCUCGUUCUCCCAGCUGACUUCCCUGGUCCAGGUUGAAUUGGACGCUUGCAUAAUUGGCGCGCUUCCCGAGGGUAUGCAGCAGAUGAGCCACCUGCUAGAGCUGCACAUCGGUGCCUGCCCCAACAUUACAGAGAUUCCUGAGUCCUUUUCCCGGCUCCCCGGCCUUCAGGUCCUGACUGUCAAUGACUGCACCGGGCUUUCGUCCGUACCGAGGAGACUGGACAGCCUUACAAAGCUGAAACGGCUGGAGCUGACUGGAUGCAGGCAGCUGACCGAACUACCUGAGAUUCUGCCGCCUUCUCUUGAGAUUCUGCACCUGGGGUGCUACAACCAGGUGUCUAAACUGCCGAGGACCCUUUUUCUCCCGAGCCUCACAAGCCUGAGGCUUAUUUCGGUUGGGGUCGAGCAGCAGGGAGAGGAGUCCGACCUCAGCUUGCCGCACCUGAAUUGCCUGGAGCUGGUGCUGGCAGACGAUGCUGAGGAGCUUCCUUUCCCCUUGGCGUCUCUUUCUCAGCUCCGCACCUUGGGAAUCUGGAGUGCUGGAAAACUGAAGCAACUUCCAGGAAACAUCGGGUUGGUUUUGCGGCAGCUGCGGAAGCUGCAGAUACACCAUGCGCAUGAAUUGGCGGAGCUCCCAGCAAGCAUUUCGGAGCUUCGGAAUCUGACAUCCAUGGAGAUUCUCGAAGCGCCGAAGCUCUCGACCCUCCCUGACGCCAUCAGUGCUUUGUCCCGGCUGUGCAAGCUGAACCUGACCCAUUGCCCGGCCUUAAAGCUUCUCCCUGCUUCUCUCACCCAGCUCUCCUGCCUCUAUGAUUUGAGCAUUCAGUUUGCCUCCAUCUGCUGGCUUCCUGCCGACUUUGCGAACCUGAAACGGCUCAGGAGACUCAGUGUGCACGGGUCCCCGGGCAUCCGUGGGAUGUAUGGGCUCACAAUCCACGGCUAGAAUCUGCACUUGUCUCUGCUUUUGUCUCCGCAAUUUCCGCAUUUGUUAGCACGUGCAAGCAAGUCUGUGAUAGUGAGGCCUGGAUGGAUGGAGGGAUGCAUCAUACAACCUCCCGGCAUAGGAGAUGUAUGGGCUGAUGGUUCACCGAUAGAAAUCACACUUGUUUUCCUCGUGAUAUUGUCACUAACGGGGCU